UCACCAUUAUGGACCAUUUCCAGGCCUCCUGAGCGGUUCUUUUCUCCCCAGUACUGCAGAAGACACAGUGGGUGUUGAUUCGUCAUGCCACCGUCCACUGUGUUCUCGUACUGGCGUCGGGACCACCGCCGGUCGUCGCUGUCUCCUGUUCCUCCUCCUGUCGCACAGCCCACCUUGAAAGCAGCUGGCGUCAGCUAUGCUCCUCAACUACCACUGAUUUCUGACUCGACGCUGACUGCGACCUUUGACGAAACAUUUCAGGCAAGAGACCCUUCGACUUUGCAGACCCCCACCGAUUAUUUUUCUGGUCUCGAUGGAGCGAACACAACAAACGUCACCGUAUCCACCAUCGAUGCCCCAGCGUCUGCAAUCACCACGCUUACGGUACAUCCGCCCUCGGCGGAUGACGACCUACGGCCUCGAUCCAGCCCGGAAGAACGCGACAGGGAACAGUUGACCUUGACGGCCCAGUCGAAUUUCUCGCAGCCUUCCCUCACUCCGUUGACCCCCGACCAAACCACGGCAGACUCCUCCAAGCCUAAUUCGCCGUUCCGGCUAUCCUUCGGAAAGGGUCUGCGGAAUCCUUCGCCGGUUGAGAAUACGUCGAAACGCUCGACUACCCCCGGAAUGGCGUCGUCCAGCCACCUGCGCUUCCGAACCUCCCCUGUCGAGGCCUCCUCGGGAGACAGAAUUACCCCACCACAAAAGGAGGUUCGGUUUGAAGGUCCGAAUGGUCGCCGGCUCGUCGAGCGUGACACGUCGAUCGAACAGGCGCAGCCCAUCCCCCACAGGCCUGGGAAGACAAUGCUGCACCUGUUGAAUCCGAUGUCAUUGUUGGCUAAGAGACGUUCUUCUCAGAUAGCGGCAUUGCGUGCAGAGGAUAUGAAUAUCGGCGCCCGCAACUUGGUUCCUGCGAUCCCAGAUGAUUACGACCCCCGCAUCCGUGGCAACAUUGUGCACGACUUCUCCGCGCCUCGGCCCCGGCGACACUUAUCUGCUGCCCCGGUCCUUUUGCAUGAAGCGGCUAGUGAACAAACCCUGCAGAAUGGCGCUUGCGGCAGCCCUACGGGUAAUAGGACGACGAACCUUGGCGUCAGUGACUCCGGGGGUCUAAUGCCUCAGCCAGCUGGACAAAGGAAAAGGCAUAGUGAAUACUCUCCGGUCUUCAAAGAGCAUUUCGACGAUGACGAAAAGGUUCUCCAGGUUGGGCACAAGGCAUAUCUACAAUCAUCCCUUCUGACAGACCCAUCCCACCGGGACCCACGUGCCAUUCCUGUGUUUGCAAGAAAACUACCCUCCUCGAUCCCCAGUCAAGAAAAACCGCCGGAUAAUCCACCGGGGCGCAAGCGUGGCUCUCAGGGUGGUUCCGCAGUAAGCGAGGUUGCGUUCAAGGGGGCCCAAGAUCCGGAUACCAUCGAGAUUGGGCAAUACCAGCCAUCUGGAUUACCCAAGCACUUCAAGAGCAAUGCCUCUCGAUUCAGCUUUGAUAUGAACGGUGUUGGAUCUUCGACUCAGGAGAAGCUCCUGGAAGAAAAACACAAAGAAAAGGAAGCUGCACGAAAGGCUCAGGCGCGGCUGGAAGACCGGGACUAUAGUGAUAUUGAUGAUGAUUACGACAACGACGUAUUGGACGACCUCCACGAUUUUGAAGAACAAAUUCCUGGCGUUAACGUCGACGCCGAGGAAUACGAUGAUGCGUUUAAGGGCUUUUCAGGCCCGGGAAACCUAAUCAAUCAAUCCUGGCUUGUUCCUGAUCUAUCUCCCGUCGUCGCUAGCCCUGUCAACCCCUCCGAAAAUCCGAAUCUACAUGAUGAUCAAGUUUUACCUUCGUCAACCCACGAGGAACUCGAGACUUCUGCCACCAACUGUUCAUCGUCUUCUUCUCUGCAUAACACCCCUCACCAAGCAGAAAGGGCCACCGCGUCUCCCCACAUCUUAGCCCAGGGGUCUGAGGGGUUGUCCACCGCCGCCUUGGAGCUCAAUCAAGACGAAGAGGAUGAUGACCUUUAUUUUGACGAUGGAGAAUUUGGCGAAUUGGACACGGAAGAAGACGGAGAAAAGUUUGAUGAGUCAAUCUUUGACGACCCCACGAGCCAUCUAUAUGAGCGAAAGCCUGUUACAGGAUCCGUGACAACUUCUCAAAGCAUCAUCUCCGCACACGAAGAGUUGGAUCGGGAGCUGGUCUCUGACAGCGGGCUGAAACAUGUUCCAAGCAUGGCCAGUGAUUAUCGAGGAACCUCAUUAAGGCGGGUUGGCGGUAUCGCCGAGAACGUGCGUAACCAAGGGUCUGUGAAGGCUCAUAACGGAGUGCUGUCCGAGCACAAUUUGGAGGCUUUCCAUAAUGCUUUGGCCGAUGCUGCUACGCAAGCGGCCGCGAAGGGCCGGUUCGGUCAUACCACGAGCGUCAGCGAACGAUCCUUGGGCCAGGAAAGCAGUACGCACACGGUGGACUCGCAACCGGGGCUUAUUUCCGAUGACAGCCGUCUCAGCCAAACUGUAGACGUGGUGUCAUUUGACGAAGUGUUUGAAGACUUCAAUUACGAUGAUAGCGACGAUUUGUUUUACGAUGAUCCUAUAAUCGCGGCGGCCAACGCAGAAGCGUUGGAGAAUGACGAUGAGGGGUUUUACGGACAAGAGUUUGGAUUCUAUGCGCAAGCUUCCGGCCAUGGCUUCGAACUCACCAAUGGCGGAUAUUUUGGUCCCCGAGGCGUCGAAGGCAUCUCUCGUAGCCACAGUGGUCGUGGCAAAUUCAGAGAGCCCAGCCUGACCCCCAUCACCGAGCGCAGCGAAUGGAGUACGCGCAAUUCGAUUAUUUCAGUCACCGCUCACGGCGCUGCGCAUUCCAACCAAUCUGUGUCAGGACCCGGACUAGCCCAAUUGGUUGAUAUGGGCAACCUCGACGAUGAGAUGUCCCUGAGUGCACUCCUGAGGUUGCGACGCGGCGCGUGGGGCGGAAGCAAUGGCAGCCUCCGCAGCAGCAGCGGCAGUCCCCCGCCGCACCAACACUCAGCGUCGAAUAGAGGCAGCCUUGCUCUUUCUGACGUCAGUCCAACCGUCCACACCGUGCCCCCGGAUUUCCUAGGAGCUCCGGUUGCAAUCGAUCCCCCCAUCAAGGAGUCGGAGAAAGGCGCGUGGCUGUCUGCUCUUUCGCAGCCGCGUCUGGAACGCGCGACUACCGGUGAUGGCGAGGCAUAACCCAGAUCACGGGCGAUGCUGGCUUGAUCUUAUAU